AAUUUCGACCAAUUUUCUCUUCAGCUUUACGCAAACUGUGUUGAAUCUGACCUUGUUUCAUGGCUUCUUCUUUUGUUGACACCGACACCGUCUUGAAAUGGUUACUAGACAGCGCUCAAGCUAUUGAAGAUGGGAAUCUGAAAAGGGCCGAUGCGUUCCUUCAGCUCAUCUUGAUUCUUGCUGACGAGACACCCGACAAAUUUCGAGUACAAAGCAGAGUGGUGAAAUACUUUGCGGAGGCUCUGGUUCGCCGAGCCUAUGGACUUCAUCCCGCUUCUUCCAACUUCACUUUCCCGGUGAAUCCUGCACCAUAUCUUCGUAGCAGGAACAGUAUUGAUGGCGUCAUAAAAAAAGUUAUCGAUGAUGCUUUGAUGGGAAACAGGCGAUUGCACCUUAUUGAUUUCUCCAUCCCAAGAAACUAUUGUUUUGAGGACUCAGUUCUCUGUACACUGCCCAACUUCUCCGGCGAUCCUCUUCCCGUCCGUGUAAGCUACAUACUUCCACCAUUUCAGGCUAAGUAUGUACUCUCAAGCCAAAUGGAGUUUUUGACUAGGGAUGCCAGGGAAGUUAACGUAAAGUUGGAGGAUGAGCCGAAAGUGGUUUAUGCCAAUAGUUUGGCAGAAGUGGGCGAAUGUGAAAUAGAUUUCAAAAGAAGUAGAGAUGAUGAAAUGGUGGUGGUUUACUAUAAAUUUAAACUUGAGAAGUUGGUAAGAGAUGCAAAAGCAAUGGAGAGAGAGUUAGUAAGAUUGAAGGAGAUAAAUCCGACGAUUGUAAUCAUGCUAGACUUUUAUUCUAAUCAUACCCACUCCAAUUUCUUGACAUGUUUCAAGGAUUCAUUUCAGUAUUCCUUGAAGACUCUUGAUUGCUGGGCGGAGUCGGAAUUUGUUGUUGAUGAGUAUAAGUGGGAGUUGAGCAGAGAUGUAGGUGAAGGUAAUAAUGUAAUUAGGGGGUACCAAACUUUGAGUGAAUGGCAACGUCUCUUUUCAAUGGCUGGUUUUACUCGAAUUCCAUUAAACCACAACGAAGAUAAUCUUGGCGAUGAAAGUCCUUUCUUUGGCUCUAUAUUUGGUUCGUUCAGCGAUACUAGUUUUUUAGAAAUAAUGAGGGAGGAAGAAGAGUGUUUGAUUUUAGGUAACAAGAGAUGUCCAAUGUUUUUCUUAUCGGCAUGGAAACCCAAAGUUGAAGAUGGACACUUCAAUUCCUUUUCCACCGACCAUAAGUUUGGACAAGGUUUCAAUCCAAAUCCAUCACCUCGUCAACCAUUUCCGGAGGAUUUGGUAUUAAACCGAUUGGCUGCACUUGCUGAGAUACAUGACAUAUUAGAAGAUUUAUGUUGUAAACAUAAGCUUCCAUUAGCUUUAACAUGGGCUUCUAGAGUUAGCUGUUUGAACGAAACUAUAUCGGAUUCAAACAAGAAACAUACUUUUUUUAUCCAAAGUAAUUCUUGUUAUGUGACAAACCAAAAGUGUCUUCUCUUUAUGGAAGAAUGUGAAUUUAAUAUGACGAUGCAACCUAGUUUUGAAAAAGCACUUGAAUCAAGUGACGGCUACCAUUUUCAUUCAUCUACUUCUGAACUUGGCAAAGAUAACUUCAUAAAUAUAGACGAUAUUGUUACAGUCUGUCUACAAAAUCGUUACACACGUAAUGAUAUUUAUGUAGUAGAAUUUUAUUGGCCUACAAUUAAGAUUGAAAAAUCAAAAUCUUUGGCUCUUCGUAUCUUCAAUGACUUGAAACAUAAGAAGACAAAGUUUGUAGCAGUAAAGAUUCAAGGCACUGAAAUUGGAUCCCAAAAAGAAGCCAUUUCAAACAUUUCCACAUUAAGGUGUUUACAAGCAGCUGAAGAAACAGAGGAGGUUCAAGCAGUAGAAAUAAAUGGGGUUGAUGUGGAGAGGGGAGUGGAUUCAAAUUUUCCUUCGCCAAUGCCUACACAUUCUUCAUCAAAGGUUGUUGCAGCUCCUUUUAACACACCAGAAGGACCUCAUAACCAGAUUGUUCCCAAUGAUGACCCUGAGAUUGGCAAAGCAAAUAAGGAGAAACUUCCAAGAACCAAACAGAGAAACUCGAGGCCUAAGACUGUAAAAGCAAAUAAGGAGAAACUUCCAGAAACCACACAGAGAAGGUUGACGUCUGCGGUUUGGGAGCAUUUUGAUAGGCUUUUAGUAGGUGGAGAACAAGUAGCCAAAUGUAAACAUUGCCCCAAGGUGCUUACAGGGUCAAGCAACAGCGGAACCACGCACUUGAGAAACCACUUGAACGUGUGUCAGAAGGAACAAAAUCAAGAAAGGAGUCGCUUGAAUUUUGUGAAAAUGAUUAUCAAGCAUCGAUAUCCAUUGGAUAUGGCUGAUCAAGAAUUCUUCAAGAAUUUUGUGAAAGAUAUGCAACCCAUGUUUGAGUUUGAAUCGAAAGAUAUUUCAUCUUACAUACGUAGCAUCUAUAGGGAAGAGAAGGAGAAACUUCAGCUGUAUUUUAAUAAGCUUGCUAGUAAAUUCAAUCUGACAGUAAGUUUGUGGAAGAACAAUAGUGGAAAGACUGCAUAUUGCUGUUUGAUAGCACAUUUUAUUGAUGAUAGUUGGGAACUAAAGAUGAAGACUCUUGGCUUGAGAACUUUGGAGCAUAUCAAUGACACAAAAGCUGUUGGUGGAAUUAUUCAGAGCUUAGUUUCGGAGUGGAAUAUAGGCAGUAAAGUAUGUUCCAUAACUGUGGAUAACUCUUUUUUGGAUAACAGUAUGGUUCAACAGAUAAAAGAUAAUUGUCUCAGUAAUCUAGUCUCCCUUUCUUCAACUCAUUGGUUCAUCAAUUGCACUCUUCUUGAGGAUGGGUUUCGUGAAAUGGAUGACCUACUUUUUAAUUUAAAGAAGUCCAUUGAAUAUGUCACUGAAACAAAACAUGGAAGAUUGAAAUUCCAAGAAGCUGUAGAUCAAGUGAAGCUACAUGAUGGGAAAUCAUGGGAUGAUCUUUCUCUCAAGCUGGAAUCAGACUUUGGCAUACUUGAUAGUGCUUUGAGAUCAAGAGAAAUCUUUUGUAAACUGGAGCAAAUUGAUGGCAAUUUUAAACUAAACCCAUCAAUGGAGGAAUGGGAGAAUGCAGCAGCUCUACAGAGUUGUUUGAGAUGCUUUGAUGAUAUCAAAGGAACUCAAUCCCUUACUGUAAGCUUGUACCUUCCACAGCUUUGUGACAUAUACAAGAAAUUUCUUCAGUUGGAAAAAAGCAAUCCUUCAUUUGUUACAUUGAUGAAGAGGAGAUUAUGCAAUUCGGCAUUAGCUGUUGCAUCUGUUCUUGAUCCAAGGUUAAAAUUUAAAGUUGUGGAGUUCUCAUAUAUAUUGAUUUAUGGCCAUGAUAGUAAGGUGCAAUUGAACACGUUUCGUGAACUUCUUACGAAUGUCUACAAUGAGUAUGCCAAUGAAACCAAAAAUCAAACUACAUCCGCUUCAGUCUUGGAUGAUAUCAAUUGGCUUGGAAAUAAUUCUAUUUGGGACUCCUUCAGUAAAUUUGUAACUGCAAACGAGGCCUCAUCGAAGUCAGAGCUUGAGCUUUACUUAGAUGAACCUUUACUUCCCAUGGAUGGAGAAAUCUUUGACAUACUUGGUUGGUGGUGUGAUAAAUCUCAAAAGUUUCCAAUACUUGCAAAGAUGGCUCGAGAUUUCCUCGCGAUUCCGGUAUCAAUUUUCACACCAUGUUCGAAUAUUAAGGCCACGAUCAAUAAUCCAGCCUACAAUAUCUUGAAUCCUGAAAGCAUGGAAGCUUUGGUAUGCAGUGAAAACUGGUUGGAAUCUCCAAAAGGAAAUGAUGGAGAAAAUCAUGAACCCACACAAACUACGGAUAAAGGAAAAAGGAAGCUGGAUGAAGACACUUGUGUCGGAAAAAAAUCCAAACCUUCGAAUUGUGAGAAAGAUAUUGCCAAAGAUUCCAACAGCAAUGAUGAACCUGUUGGAGAAAUUUCAAUAGGAAAGCUGCAAACAGAGAACAGUAGCAAAAAUGGGUGUUAUGGAGAAACUAGUAGUGGAAACAAAUCCAAAGCUUCCAACAAAAUGGACAUUCACCAAGAAAAGUCGUCAUCAGAAUUUAAUCAUGGAAGAAACGUUGAGGACGUUUCAAGUGGUGAAUCAUCAUCCGACAAUGAUCAAUCAGAUCAACUUCAGAGUUCAUCUUCCGAGUCUGAUGUUGAAAUAACAUUAAAGGAGCAAGGAUCAUGGUUUGAACAGGAUAUUAAGGCAUAUUUACUCUCGGAGUUUACAAAAAAGGAGAAUGAACUGAUAGAUAAAUGGCAAAAGAAUGAGUUGAAGGGAAAAAGGAUUGGACGAGAUAAAUGUUUUAAAAUCCCGGGUGAGAUAUUAGCACCUCUACUCAUGGUGCCCCAAGGUGAUGAAACUCGAAAAGAGUACUAUAUUGAGGAUUUGACUCAAUUGAUAGAAGGACCAAGAACAGAACAAGAAGUAUUAGCUUGGGUUAAAGUUGAUGAGCUAAGGGGUGUACAUAAAAUGUUUCUACCAAUGAGUUUAUCAAAACAUUGGGUUCUUUUCUAUGCGGAUACCAAAGAGAAGAAGAUUUCAUGGUUGGAUCCAAUAGCAUCUUCUCGAGUAAGGUCUUAUAAUGUCGAAAAAGACAUAAUAUUACAAUGGUUUACAACUCUUCUACUGCCAAAGUUGGGUUAUGUUGAUGCAAAGGAAUGGCCAUUUUUAGUGCGUAAUGAUAUUCCAGAGCAAAAAAAUUCGGUUGAUUGUGCGGUGUUCGUGAUGAAAUAUGGUGAUUGUCUUACACAUGGUGAUUGCUUUCCUUUCAAACAAGAAGACAUGGUCCAUUUCCGUCGUCGCAUCUUUGUUGAUAUAUACCGUGGAAGAAUACAUUAAAAAAAAAACAAAGAUCGAUGCAUUGUUUAGGAACUCAAAGUUGUAAGGACGUGAAUUCAAAUUUUUGAAAUUUGAUGGGAAUUAUUGGGUUUUUUAUUACCUUUUUUUAUGCAUGUAUGAUAUUUUCACUUUGGGAUCUAUGUUUAGUUUCUAUGUCAAAAAGUAAAACUAUUUUCAAUUUGAUUAAUUAAAUAUUACAAGCUUAAUCAA